AUAAAUUAUACGCGUAACCCUUUACUUGACAGCUGAGUGAGGAAGGAACAAAUGAGUACCAAUAUGUUACUACCAUCACUAAUCUUCUCGCUCACACUUGCCAAUGCCCAAGCAACACAUGUAGUUCCACUUGCAAAAGAGUUAGAUGAAAUACUUACUAGAGUAUUAAACCGUCCAGAGUUUGAGAGCUCAGUUUUUAGUUAUUUAUUUGGAAACCACACUGAACCACCUAACGAUAUAAAUAUACAGCACUUGGAUAUUAGCAUAUUGGACUUGGAGAGCAUCCGAAAGAUUAUAAACACCGUUGAGAAGUCUUAUUAUGCGAAUGAGACAUACCGCCGGCGUGAAUUGCUUACACAGAACGAAGUCUUCGUAGCAAAGGCCUUCGAUCUUAUGAAACAAGCCAUAUAUUCGACGAGAUAUCGCAUGCUGGAGACUAAACCAUAUAGAAAUAAGUAUAAAAACGAUUUUGGCUACAACAUUGCAAUAAUGUUCGGUGCAUUAAUGCAAAUAAGGAUGAAAAUGGAGAAUAUGUACGCGACGAUGGACAAAUUACCUCAUAAAACCCAUUUCUUAUGGUAUUUGGUGUUGUAUGAAAAAAUUUUAGCUUGUUAUGUAGAUGUCGAGGAUUUGGUGGAGAAAACAUUCGUGUACCAUGAUAAAUGGUUAACAAAAAUUAAAGAGCAGAAAGCUAAGACGGCAACGCCAAUACCUCCACGUCUUCAAACUCUAACCACCCAAUAAUGAAGAUGUAUCUUUGUAUUAGUAGUAAUCAUAAG